AUCUAUGGACCUCCGACAUCACGACUUUGUGGGGUCCGUGGAGGUCAAACUAGACGCGCUGUUGGGCCAGAAUCUGGAACUUCACACGACAACAAAGACCCUUAGAGUGGCAGGUGACCCCAAGUCACGUGGUCUCAUUCACGUGACAGCAGAGGUCAUCAAGACCACCAGGGGGAAAGUCCAGAUGCACGUGGCUGGACAGGCGUUGUCCAAAGUUGGCAUCCUCAGACGGAAGCCCGACGCGUUUCUGGAAAUCGGACGUCAGAUCAGCAGUUUGGAGUUUCAGCCUGUCUUCAGAACGGAAGUAGCUGCCAAGACAAAGCAUCCUUGGUGGCGCCCGUUCGACUUGACCAUCCAGAGAAUGUGUAACGACGACUGGGACCGACCCAUACAGUUCUCCUGCUGGAAUGUUUCUUACGGGAGCGGUUUCUCCAAGACCUUUGACCUCAUCGGUCGGUGUGAGAUCAGCCUAAGACAGAUGACUGCUCUGCCUUCAGAAGGCCACUAUAGAUCUCUGGAGCUCACGAGUCCCCGGAGAGAAAGACAGAACAAGAAGAGUGCGACAGUGGGCACGCUACGCUUCUACCAGUUCAUAACUGAUAUGCAAUAUUCAUUACUCGACUACAUCCGAGGAGGGUGUCGAUUACGACUGGUUACAGCAAUAGACUUCACGAACAACCAGUAUCUGAACGCCCUCGAGUCUCUGGGCUCGGUGAUCGCCAGGUACGACCCUGAGCAGAAAGUGGCAGCGUUUGGGUUCGGAGCCAAGCGGUCAGUAGACUCCCCCACCGAUCAUUGCCUGCAACUCAUUCCCAACACCUGGGCCAAAGGGAUAAAGGGAGUGAGUGAAGCCUACCACACCAUCCUGCCCUCACUCACGUUCGCCGGCCCCACGUACAUAGCCCCGAUUCUGGACAAGGUCAUGGAGUUGGCCAACGUCGACGUCACGCAAGAGAAACAGUCGUAUUACGUUCUUCUAGUCAUAACAGACGGUAUCAUCAACGAUAUGGACUUGGUCGUGAAAAAACUGGUGGACGCCAGUCGUUUGCCCAUGUCUGUGAUUAUCCUGGGGGUCGGACCUUCAGAUUUCACGCUGAUGGUGACCCCUUGGCCUUCCUGGACAUCCCUGACAAUGUCGCUAGCCCGUCUCCCACCGGAUCUACGUCAUCAAUACCCGGACUUUUGCCUGCCGGGAGCGGAGAAAAGGGGUCAGGAACAGAUGCAUGGAGGAAAACAAGUGGGAAACGAGCCAACUUCCAAACAGGUCUCCAUUGUCCUACGUGUGGCUCUUACAUCGAACCCGGCAGCUCUGUCUACAAGGACGUUCUCAAGAUGUCCUAGCAGCGGACAAUUCCACUGAAGGGCAAGAACGCCCCCAGAACUUUCUCUCUGCAAACUUAGUCUUAAGACAUUGCAGAAUAAUGCGUAGAAAAGCAGGGCAGUAUUGGACGGUUGAGUACAGUGUGGGGCUUUCGGGACAGUGCAGGACUGUAUAGGACAGUGUUGUGGGACAGUGUGGGAGUUUGUGUGGAAAAGGGCAGGACAAUGAAGGAUGUAUGGGACAGUUUGGACAGUGUAAGACAGAGCAGGAGAGAGUAGUACUGUGCAGAAAAGUAUGGGGCAGUGUAGGACAGUGUAGGACAGUGUGUGAGUUUGUGGAAAAGGGCAGGACAAUGAAGGACGUAUGGGACAGUGUGGACAGUGUGAGGCAAAAUAGGAAAGUGUAGUACAGUGCAGGACAGUGCAGAAUAGUGUGUGGCAGUGCAGGAAAGUGUGGGGUAGAGUAGGACAGUGUGAGGCAAUGUAGGACAGUGUAGUACAGUGAAGGACAGGAUAGGACAUUGUAGGACAGUGUAGGAAAACCUAGUCUAAGACUGUAUGGAACUGUGAAGGGCAUUAUGAUACAGUGUGGGACAGCCUGGGAUAUUGUAGGACAGUGUAGGAAAGCAUAGGACAGUGUGGGGACAGUGUAGGACAUUGUGGGACUGUGUAUGACGGUGUAUGACGGUGUAAGACAGUGUAGGACAAUGUAGAAGUUUGUGUUGGGAAGUGCAGUGUAGGAUAGUGUAUGACCGUGUGGGGACAAUGUGAGACAAUGCAUGACAGUGCCAGACACUGAGGGGUAGUGCUAGAAAGUGUGAAUGUGUAACAGUAGAUUUGUCAACAACGACAGUGAUCCAGGAUACAUGACUGAAUAUGAAAAAAGAGGGAUUGCCUAAAGGGUAACUUUAACUCCUAGCGACUAUAAGCAAUGACGGGGCAAUGUACCCCUGAGCAAGAGAUGACGUCUCCGUUUAUCCUGGUAACUUUAACCGCAACUCAGUCAUUAUCAAUGACUGACUGUCUCUGGUGACGUGUCAGUACCAUUUCCUCUUUUGGGGCAUGUGAUUGAGUUUAAAAAGUUAAUCGCUGUCCUCGAAGACUUCACCGAUCGUCUUAAUGUCUGCGAAUUCUUCAUCGAUCGUUUCAAGUCCUCGAAUACAUCAUUGAUCGCCGCAGUAUCCUCGAAGACUUCAUUAAGAUCGUUCCUUGUCCUCGAAGACUUCAUUGAUCGUCUCAUCUCCUCGAAUACUUCUCUGGCGGUGUCAAUAUCCUCGAAGACUUCACUGAUCGUCUGAAUAUUGUACUCGAAGACUUCAGUGAUUAGCCUAAUGUCCUCUCAGUGCCCGCCUACAGCUUUAAGUCUGGUGCCUUUUUGGGGAACAGCACAACAACUUUCGCCGCUACUGCAUUACUUGUCAUGUAUUAUGUUGUUUUCAUUAUGCAUAUUCACGCGCACGCACUCACACACACACACACAUACACACACACACACACACA